ACCUAGCACGUAAGGAUCAUCCGUGGGAUAUUUAUUUAUAAAUUGCAUUGAGCUUUGCUGCAGGCCUUUAUUACGUUAAAAUUAUUAAUUAUUUCCCGCACGCAACGGUGUUACGCGAAUAGUCGAUUAGACCUAGCCGGGUUAUACAAUAUAUCUAAUCAAACGUCCAACUGGUGCGAUACGAAUAGACACGCACAACACACGCGUUGCUGGAGGAUACAGUGAGCGGUUCACCGGUGACAAAAGUGCGUUAUUUGAUAUCGAUCUGGGAAUGUCAGUGACGAGAUAUCAUCGUUGUUAACUUGAAAUAAUGAAGGAUUUACCGUCAGUGAUAAUCGAUUUAUUUAUUAUAUGGAAUGUAGUAACUGCAGGGACGAUUACACACGCUCAGGAAAAUCUAAACUACUAUUAUAAUCAACCACCUGGUGGCUACAGAUUUCAAGAAUCCCGUUACUCGACACCGGUCAGACGAUGGGCACCAGACUCUCCGGGCUGGGACGGCGGACCGAGGAGGGGAGUAAUCCUGCGAAGAGACACUCAGGAUCGUCCGCCGUCUACGUACUACAUCCAGGCGACGAGAGAAACGGAGCAGAGCGAUCCCCUAGUGACGAUAUCUGAGACUCUGGGCGCGCUAAACACAGUAGGAAGUUAUAUAGUGAACAUGACACGUGGGGUAGAAUCGUCGGACAAUCCACCCAAGGAGCUGCCGUCAGCCAUAUACACGAUAUCGAAAAACAUUCUUGGCAGAAACGUAACUGACAGCAUAGCUCCUCUGGUUCGUGGUGUGACGAUGCCUAUAAGACUUGGCGGUUCCUCAACUACACAGCUACACCCGCUAAGCGAAGAACUCGCCAACAAAGACUCGUCCUCGAAUCCGUCCGAAUGCACGACUGCGGAGGGAGGGCCAGGAAAAUGUCAGGAUUUGAGUAACUGUCCUCAGCUUCUUUUGGACCUCACUAAACUCAGGCAAUCUUUGUGCUUCAAAAGCUUAUUUGUGCCCGGAGUCUGCUGUCCUAUGAACGGCGGAUCCCAGCCCGAUGAAAGACCUACAAGUACCGACGGCACCUAUCCUGGCAGCGGUAGUGGUACGCGCCCCACCAGGCCACCGUAUCAACGUCCAACCAGACCGUCGACUCCCAGGCCGAUCCCUCUUCUCCCAGUAACUUCCGAGGCCCCUUUGACAACGGAUUCUACUCCCGAAUCAUUUCCGUCGAGUAAUACAACUGGCUCUGAGAUUAUAGAUACAAUAGAUAACAACUAUAUCCAAGACGACGAAGAAUGCGGAGUACGAAAUGCCGGCAAGUACAGAGUCGUGGGUGGAGAGGAAGCUCUGCCGGGGCGUUGGCCAUGGAUGGCUGCCAUAUUCCUACACGGUGCAAGGCGCACAGAAUUCUGGUGCGGAGGGUCGUUGGUGGGUCCUCGACACAUUUUGACUGCCGCCCAUUGCACAAGGGAUCAGCGGCAGCGACCGUUUGCGGCGAGACAAUUUACAGUUCGUCUCGGUGACAUUGACUUGGAACGUGACGACGAACCCUCCACACCGGAGACUUACAAGGUGAAAGAAAUUCGAGCGCACCCGAAAUUCUCUAGGGUUGGAUUCUACAAUGACAUAGCGAUACUGGAGCUGAACAGACCCGUUAGGAAAACUCCAUAUAUAACACCGCUCUGUCUGCCUCCUGCGCGAUUCAAAGGAGAGCCUUUCGCCGGUGCCAGACCAACCGUGGUGGGCUGGGGGACAACGUAUUACGGUGGUAAGGAGAGCACGGUCCAGCGUCAAGCUGUGCUGCCUGUUUGGAGAAACGAGGAUUGCAAUGCCGCCUACUUCCAGCCGAUAACCAGCAACUUUCUUUGCGCGGGAUUCAGUCAGGGAGGCAAAGACGCUUGCCAGGGAGAUUCUGGCGGUCCACUUAUGCUCAGGACCGAAGGUCGUUGGAUGCAAGUCGGUAUUGUUUCAUUUGGAAAUAAAUGCGGGGAGCCCGGAUAUCCAGGAGUAUAUACUCGUGUUACCGAAUACAUUGACUGGAUAAAAGAAAAUAUUUACUGAAAUCUACUAUGUUCUGAGUAUCGUUGGAUAUUCUGAACCUCGUCAGAGAGCCUCCAUGGCGAACUAGAUUUUUCUGGUUGAAGAAUUAUGUUUUGCCGAAGCGACGUGAUGAGAAAUAAACUUAAGAUCUCUUCUAUCCACGAAAUAUCGUGCUUGCGGAAAAUUAAUGAAGAUAUAAUUUAUUGCUUCGAUUAUCAAACGUGUCGCUACUGUAGUUAAUUUUUAUAUCCGUUAAACAAUCGACAACAAUAUAAUUCGGCUUCGAUGUGAUUUUAUAAUAAUGAUCGCAAGUAGAAGCAGCCUGCAUUUUUGACAACCGUGUAAAGUACAGCUGAUUUAAUUUGAUGCUGGCUAAACAAUCACAUGAAAGUACUGUAACUAAUUAUAUGUAUAUAUAUAUAGGAUUAGGCAUCGUUUUUCGUGCUCUCGAUAAAACGUGUUUGAUGAAGAAGUGCUUCAAAUGUUUCAUAGAAGUUAAUUUGAGUAAUAUAUGAAUACUUUUUACUGUAAUAUUAAUUCUAACUGCAGGGUGGUUUUUGAACGUAACAUAAGGCUGAUUCGAAAGUUCAGUGUGCGCCAUAUAAAUUUACAACGCUGCAACUUGACACGCAUAGCGAUAUAGUACAUACUGUUAUCUAAUUUAUUCCAUUUAGUUAUUGAUUUGAUAUACAUACAACUAGCCGAACUGAAUAUAUCAUUAAAAUUUUAAACAAACGAGUAGUUGAAAAAAAUUGAAUUACGCAGAAUGAUGUUGUUUACAUUCGACGCGUAUCUACAUGCAUAUACUUACAUUCCCAUAAUUAAAGUUAGUAGUUUUGAAGUAAGGAAAUCAAAUACAGUAUUUAAAUCUCGCAAUAAAAUAAUUAUGAGUAAAAGGAUUUGAGAAAAAUAAAAAACGAAAAACUGUAGAAAAUAGACAAAUAUUAUGAGCAAACUAAAACUUAUUGGAUAGAUGUGGUGUAGGUCACAUGGAUAAAACCCGCCUCAAGCGAUUAGAUAAGGUACAGUAUAGUAAUCUCAAUGAAACCCUCAAGUCUUGAUUAUUUUAACCAUUUAUUACUUUUGAGGUAUUCUCCGUUACGCUUUUCGUCUCAAAUUGCAUCAAGAGAUUGAGAAACUAAGCAAGCUUUUGAAGUUUCCCAAACAUUUUAGUCAAAUAUUAUUCUAUUGCUGUAAUCCAGGGUAACGUACAGGGACGCCGUUCUACAAGCCGCUUAAAAUCUGAAGGAGAAACGUCUAGA